AUGGAUCAUAUACCGUCGUUGCCCAAGUCCAUCAAGGGGAACACCGAACUGCUCAUUUGGGUCGACCUUUUCUCGGGAUAUGUGAUUGCAAAGGCUAGCUCCUCUCGGACGGCACAAACAAUAGCGGAGAAUUACGAAGAAUGUGUGUUUCGACGCUUCGGAGCUAGCGAGGCUAUCAGGCACGAUCGAGAACCGGGAUUUAUGUCCGACUUCUUUCGAGCCUUCAGUCGGAUCGUAGGACAAAAACAGCGUGCUACUAUGGCUUACAGGCCACAAGCAAAUGGAACAGCCGAACGAAUGGUGCAAACCCUGACACAUUCGCUCAAGAUGUACGUGGCUGAAGUUGACCAGCGAGACUGGGAUGAGUAUGCUGAGCGGCUCACAUUUGCCAUUAACACUGCACAAGAUCGGAUCCGGGGGGAUACCCCAUUUUAUCUGAUUCAUGGGUGGGACCCGCGAUCGACUUUGGAGGCUACGCUACCAGUGGGGAAUACGGGGACACGAGAUCGCGAUCCAAAGAGGUGGAGAUACAAAAUCCAAAGACAAUACCUGCGAGCCCGAUCUGCAGUGAACGAUCGUUUACAAGCCGCGAUACAGGAGCGAGCGGAUCGACACAACGAAGAUCUGGAACCACACGAGAUCGAAGUAGGAGCGCAAGUUUGGCUAUACCUGGACCGAGUUAAAGAGGGAUAUGCGAAGAAGCUAGCGCACAUGUGGCAUGGGCCAUUCCGAGUUGCGGACGUAAAGACGUUCCCUGAACGCCCGAAGGAUCAGCUUACGAUAGAGGAAUCAGAUCGCUUGGAUUUCGAUGAAGCUCUGCUGCCGGAAGACAGUUGGGAUGGCGAUCUUGAAAAAGGGGAAUACGAAGUAGAGGCAAUAUUGGACGUGCGAUCUGGUAGAAAAACCCGUUAUGGGCGAGUACACCGGCAGUUUCUGGUGAAGUGGAAGGGAUAUCCCGAUCUAAGUUGGGUGGACGAGGCCGAUCUACGUUGUGGGGCGAUCUUGCAAGAGUUUGAGCGGAACCGAGUGAGUCGAAACCGUUUCGACGUAAUGCAGUCUCAUGAAGGCAAGUCGGACGAACCUUAA